AAGGUGCACCUGCUGACGCACAGCAGCAGCCAGGGCCAGCGGCCCUUCAAGUGCCCCCUGAGCGGCUGCGGCUGGACCUUCACCACGUCCUAUAAGCUCAAGAGGCACCUGCAGUCGCACGACAAGCUGCGGCCAUUUGGCUGUCCGGUGGAGGGCUGUGGCAAGAGCUUCACCACUGUGUACAACCUCAAGGCGCACAUGAAGGGCCAUGAGCAGGAGAACUCCUUCAAAUGCGAGGUGUGCGAGGAGAGCUUCCCCACGCAGGCCAAGCUCAGCACCCACCAGCGCAGCCACUUCGAACCCGAGAGGCCCUACCAGUGCGCGUUUUCGGGCUGCAAGAAGACGUUUAUUACAGUGAGUGCCCUCUUCUCCCAUAACCGCGCCCAUUUCAGGGAACAGGAACUCUUCUCCUGCUCUUUCCCUGGCUGCAGCAAGCAGUACGACAAGGCUUGCAGGCUGAAAAUUCACCUGCGGAGCCACACAGGCGAGAGACCCUUCCUCUGUGACUUCGAUGGCUGCGGCUGGAACUUCACCAGCAUGUCCAAACUGUUAAGGCACAAAAGGAAGCACGAGGACGACCGGAGGUUCACGUGCCCUGUGGAAGGCUGCGGGAAGUCCUUCACGAGGGCUGAGCAUCUGAAAGGACACAGCAUAACCCACCUGGGCACAAAGCCUUUUGUGUGUCCCGUGGAAGGCUGCUGCGCCCGGUUCUCGGCUCGGAGUAGCCUCUACAUUCACUCCAAGAAGCACCUGCAGGAUGUGGACACCUGGAAAAGCCGUUGCCCAGUCUCUGCCUGCAAUAAACUUUUCACCUCCAAGCACAGCAUGAAGACCCACAUGGCCAAGAGGCACAACCUCAGCCAGGAUCUCCUAGCGCAGCUGGAAGCUGCGAAUUCUCUGACACCCAGCAGCCAGCUCACCAGCCAGAGACAGAGUGAUCUCAGUGGUGCAGAGGUAAUGUCUCUGUUCUCCGAGGUGCCUGGCGGGAGCUCUGCUGCGGUGCUGGACACGGCGCUGGUGAAUUCUGGCAUCCUGACUAUUGACGUGGCUUCUGUGAACUCGACUCUGGCAGGGAAUUUCCCUGCGGAGAAUAGUCACUCCUUGGGGCAAGCUGUGGACCCUCGGGCCUUGAGGGCCACCAGUGACCUCCCUCAGAGUCUGGAUACCUCUCUCUUCUUUGGAGCUACGGCUGCUUGCUAUCAGCAGAGCCCCUUGGAUAUGGAUGUCGUCUCCAGUGCAAAUGUGGGGCUCUUUGGCUCAUUGGCUCUGAAAAACUCAAGCCCAGAACCCCAAGCUUUGACUCCUAGCAGUAAGCUAACUGUGGACACCGAAGCCCUGACGCCCUCCAGCACCCUCUGUGAAAACAGUGUCUUGGAACUCCUGACCCCAGCCAAAGCAGACUGGAGUGUGCAUCCUGACCCUGACUUCUUUGGACAGGAGGAAGAAACCCAGUUUGGAUUUUCCAGUCCUGCUGGAAACCGUGGUUCCCAGAAAGAAUCAGACCUUAUCACGGUGACUGGAAGCUCA